AUGGCCGCCAGAGGAAAGCUAAGAGCUGGGUCGGGUUCCGCGCUGGAGCCGCCCCGCCUCCCUGUCCACAGCCGACGCCAAGCCCCGCCCCCCUGUCUGCAGCCAACGGCAAGCCCCGCCCCCCUGUCUGCAGCCGACGCCGAGCCCCGCCCCACUGUCUGUAGCCAAUGCCAAGCCCCGCCUCCUUCACACUACGAUCAACCAAUCAGAACAAUAAUGACAACUGGAGUGGCCGGCAUUGGUAAGACCGUCUUAACGCACAAGUUCACUCUGGACUGGUCUGAAGGCAAAGCCAACCACGACAUACACUUUACAUUUCUGUUCACUUUCAGAGAGCUGAAUUUAGUGAAAGAGAAAGAGUUUAGCUUGGUGGAACUUCUUCAUCACUUCUUUAAUGAGACCAAAGCAGCAGGAAUCUGCAGAUAUGACCAGUUCCAAGUUGUCUUCAUCUUGGAUGGACUGGAUGAGUGUCGACUUCCUCUGGACUUCCAGAGGAACCCGAUGUUGACUGAUGUCACAGAGUCCACCUCGGUGGACGUGCUGCUGACAAACCUCAUCAGGGGCGACCUGCUUCCCUCCGCUCGCAUCUGGAUAACCACACGCCCUGCGGCAGCCAAUCAGAUCCCUGCUAAGUAUGUUGGCAUGGUAACAGAGGUGAGGGGGUUCACCGACCCACAGAAGGAGGAGUACUUCAGGAAGAGAUUCGGGGAGGAGAAUCUGGCCAGGACAAUCAUCUCCCACAUCAAGAUAUCACGAAGCCUCCACAUCAUGUGUCACAUCCCAGUCUUCUGUUGGAUCACUGCUACAGUUCUGGAGGACUUCUUCAAAACAUCCCAGAGAAGAAAAAAUAUUCCCAAGACUCAGAUGUACAUUAACUAUCUGAGGGUUCAGUCCAUACAGGGGGACAGGAAGUACCAUGGGAGAGCUGAAACAGAUCCACACUGGAGUUCAGAAGGAAGGGAGAUCAUUGUUUCUCUGGGAAAACUGGCUUUCGACCAGCUGGAGAAAGGCAAACUGAUCUUCUAUGAGGAAGACCUGACAGAGUGUGGCAUCGAUGUCAGAAGAGCCUCAGUAGACUCAGGAGUGUUCACCCAGAUUUUUAUAGAGGAGUGUGGGCUGGGCCAGGACAAGGUGUUCUGCUUUGUCCAUCUGAGCAUCCAGGAGUUUCUGGCUGCCUUUCAUAGUGAGAACGGACACCUGGACUUGUUCCUCCGCUUCCUCCUGGGCCUCUCUCUGGAGACCAAUCAGAAUCUACUACGAGGUCUGCUGGGAAGGACAGGAAUGAGAUCACUGACCCCUUGGAUAAAACAAGGUCUGCUGGCACUGACAGGAAGUAGCUCACACAUAAAUCAACAAACAGUCUGUUAUAUCAAGGAGAAGAUGAAUGGAGACCUCUCUCCAGAGAGAAGCAUCAAUCUGAUCCACUGUCUGACUGAGUUGAACGACCAUUCUCUAGUGGAGGAGAUCCAACAUCUUCUGACAUUAGGAAGUCUCUCCAGAAGAACACUCUCUCCUGCUCAGUGGUCAGCUCUGGUCUUCAUCUUACUGUCAUCAGAAGAGGAGCUGGAAGUGUUUGACCUGAAGAAAUAUUCUGCUUCAGAGGAGGGUCUUCUGAGGCUGCUGCCAGUGGUCAAAGCCUCCAAACUGAGAGAGCUGGACCUGAGUACCAAUGAUCUGACGGAUUCAGGAGUGAAGCUGCUCUCUGCUGGACUGGGGAGUCCACACUGUACACUGGAAUCUCUCAGCUUGUCUGGCUGCCUGAUCACAAAGAAGGGCUGUGCUUCUCUGGCCUCAGCUCUGAGCUCUAACCCCUCCCAUCUGAAAGAGCUGGACCUGAGCUACAAUCACCCAGGAGACUCAGGAGCUGCGCUGCUCUCUGCUGGACUGGGGGAUCCACUCUGGAGACUGGACACUCUCAGGUAUGGAGAGGACAGCUCACCCCUCAGGAACAAAGUCUCCUUCAAGGAUACAUCCCACUGUGAACUCACACUGGACCCAAGAUCAGCCCACAAAAACCUCUUUCUGUCCAAGGGCAACAGAAAGGUGAUGCGCAACAGAAAGGUGAUGCGCAACAGAAAGGUGACGCGCAACAGGGAGGUGAAAUGGGUUAGGCCGCAUUCCCACCGGCGGGUGCGGGUCGGCUCGUCGGGCAGACGUGCGGCACCAAGAGACAGGAGACACAUCUCUGAAGACCCAGUGUUGUGUAGAGGGUGUUUUUCUGACCGCUGUUACUGGGAGGUAAAGUGGGAAGGAUGUGUUGAGAUUGGAGUGACAAAGAAAGGAAUCACAAGGAGAGGAGAGGGUGAUGACAGCAAGUCCUGGAGACUUUAUUGUGAUGGUGAGGGUUACCAUGCCUCAAUCUCAUAUCAAGGAUUAUUCCGAUGUUUCGGCCAUGCUGACACUCACAGAGUAGGAGUGUAUCUGGACCGGCCUGCUGGCACUCUGUCCUUCUACGGAGUGUCCCCAGGUGAAGGAGGGUCCUCAGACACACUGAAACACAUCCACACCUUCCAGGAAACCUUCACCCAGGAGGAACUCCGCCCUGCGUUUUGGUUAGGGGGUGGCUUUGCUUCAGUAAAACUAAGAAGUUUCCCAAGGAAUAAAAAUAAAUAAGAACGUUUAUGAUAGGUUGGACAAGGGUUUUUUCUAGGUUUCAUAAACAUCCGGGGCAUAGCCCAGAGGGAAAACAAAAAUGUGUGCGUAGCGCGCCGCAAUUUUUUUUGUAUGCUUUAUUGUGCAUGCACAUUUUUCAGGAUGCUUUACCUGAAUCAACAAAAUACGCAGUUAAUCAUAGCUUUAAAUAGCUACCUGUCUGCUGUGCUGCUUAUCCCCAAGCAUCUAAAGUUCCAUUCAAAUUAUUUCAGAGUAAAAUUAAUUCAAGUGAGACAGACCUUAUAUAUAUUUAUUACACGGGUCUUCUCAACACCAUGGAACGCUCCGUUCACUUACAUGGGUCCUUCACAACUUCCGGCUGUGAUUUAUAUUUGAUAAUUCACCGGUUGCUGAGUAUAAUUGACCACUGUCGAGGAAAACAAAGAGCUUUUUGCCUCUAACGACGUCUUUGGUAUCACUCACUAAGCGUCGUCAACGUCUUUGGCAGACUAUUUCUCUGCUGAUCAACACUACGAAUGCUGAUGGUAACAAAUAAAUGU